CGAAUUUUAUUGCUCUCACAAAAUGUGUUCAGUAUUUAAGCACUACGAGAACAAAGCAAAGUCAGCCACAAGUUUUAAAAGUGACUUCAAGCAGUGUUUUGUAAUUGAAACAGCUAGCGAGCAACUGUGGAUAUGUUCUACGUGUAGAAGGCAUGUCGCCGAAUUUCGAAAAAGCGGAAACUUUCCUCAACGUUGCGACCUCCAGACAGAACUACAGGUAUUGCKAACAAGACUAUUUAAUGAAUUCACUGUGUCCAAUGAACCCCCUAUCUACGACUCUGAAAUAUUUGAACAGUUAUGUAUUUCAUCUGGUGCGAAAACAAUUUUCAAUAGCAUUUUUUCCGCGAUGACUGAUGCUAGACACUCUGCAAAUCGACAAAAAACCAACAGGAAAAGAACAGUGGCUAUAAACUAUAUCAUCUAUAAACUUUGUUAAUGUUUGCAAAUGACAAAUUUCUAUUCACGGUUUUUAUGCAUAUAUUACUUGCAAAAAGUUAAAUUUUUUUGGUAUAAGCAGAUUUUUUGCGGCAUGAAACUUAAGAUCAUAUAAAAACACUGUUAUCGAGCAACACAAUUAUUACAACCUAAGGAUGGAGAUGAAUUUUGAUUAGCCUGAUGCUUCUCGUAAAAGGAAGAUAUAAUUUAUACAUAGGCUUCGAAUUCCCUCCAAAAAAACAAUUUAAAUACACCUUGAAGCCGAUUUUUCUCUCUGAAAUAACCUGUAUUUUUCUAAUGAAGAAGGAUUUCUGGUAAUAAAAAACCAACACAGAAGGUGGAGAUAGCGUCUAGUGAUGGCUACUCGAACAUUUACUAAAAUUUAAACAUGUAAGUGAUUUGAUAUAGAAUAAAGAUACUUUUUGUAUAUGUACAAAAUGUCGAUCACAGUUAGGGUUUGCCAAGAUAUUAUAAUUAUUAAUAAACUCUUGCCAUGUGUAUCCAUAUCUAUACGAUGUACCUCUGGUACUGAAUAUUUGAGAGUAUUUUACUUGUGUUGUAUGGACAACGAAGGCAGCCAUGACACUUUGGCAGUGUAUUCUUCGCGCUAAAAAGUCCAUUCUGUCAAGAAAACUAAUCUCUU